UUUCUAUUAACCCAGUUACAGCUGACAUCCUUCCAGAAGGAUUGAUGCAGUGUUUUUGUAAUGACCCUACAGAUUUCAGUUCAAGUGAGCACCACUACAAGCAGCAGCACUGUUUGUUUGUCAAACACAACUUAAACAUUAGUUGAGCACGUGGUUUGGCAUUGGAGAUUUUAUAGUUGCCUUGUUUUUACUAUUGAAACUUUCAGUUCUGGAAAAAUGGAUGAAGAGGAUGCUGUUCGUGUGGAUGGGAGGCUUGUUCCCUUGCACCAACUCCUAGACUUUAUUGAAGGCAAUGAUGAUGCUAUAACAAACACACGAGUCAAUAUAACUUUACUGCCUCCAACAAACGCAACAGAUGAUAUGACUGACGAAGACUCUGGGGAUGAAGAUAACGUCAAGAUAGACAAUGUACCUCCAAGCCAAAUAAAUGCUCCUGCUUUCCUUGAAGUAGUAAAUGAUGAGUUAAAACAAAAAAAUGUGAGAGUAAAAAAACAGUGCGCCUUCCAAAAAAUUGCUUUUACAGAUCAAAGGGCUCACAAAAGAAAGAACACAUGCUCUUUGUUUCAAGCUAAUAGUACUCAGAUGACUGAAAAGAAAAAAAAGGCUUUCAAUUGGAAAAUGAAUUGUGAUCUAGAAGCAAUACUUGAGGAGUGGCCAUUGAUGACUACGGUUGCUAACAGAGAAAAAAACACCUUUAGAAUAUUUCGAGUUGUUUUUUGAUGAAGAUGUGAUAAAAAUGAUGGUAAAAUAUACAAAUCAAUAUGCAGCUAAGAGAAACCGUUUGGGCGAUUGUUCAGAGGCGAUUGUCACAAAAAGGCAACUACAAAGUGCAUAAAAUGUGAAGUGCCACUCCAUGUUUCAUGC